UUCUAGCGGGAAGUAAUAACAUCGUUUAGUAAUUCGGUUACAAAAUAAAUAAAAAAAUAAUUAAAAAUAUUCGUAAUGAAACUGAUUGUAGCAGUUUUAGUUCUGUGCUCAUUGGGCAUUUCCUUCAGUUAUCCCCUUGACAAUAAAAAUCUAAAAUCAUUGUUGGGUGCUGAAGUACCUGCUCAUAGCGAUAAGAAUAAUGAAGGAGUUAUCGCGGACAACUCUGACCAUGUCCGUGCCGAUAAUGCUGAACAUAUACGUAUAGCUCGCCAUCAUGGUUUUGGUCGAUAUGGUGGUUAUGGGGGAUAUGGAGGUUAUGGGGGUUAUGGGGGAUAUGGAGGAUUGGGUGGUUAUGGAGGAUUGGGUGGUUAUGGGGGAUAUGGCGGAUAUGGCGGCUAUGGUGGAGGUUAUGGAGGAUAUGGUGGCUAUGGAGGUUACGGUGGCUAUGGAGGAUUAUACGGUUGAGCUAUUAUUUAAUAUAAAAUAAUAUUUUUGUAUGAAAUAAAUAAAAGAAUCUGUUGAUAAAAAAGCUACAUUUUUGUAAAUUUACAGCCUGUUUUUUUAAAACAAUUUAGUUCUCACACGAACAUU